UGACUUGGCCUGACAUUGACAUUGGCAAAUAUAUUUUGACCAUUCGCCUUAUUUUCUUGUGAUAUUUUUAAUAAAAAUAUCUUACUAACUGAAAGUAAAGAAGAUAAACUGAUGGCGGUCCCAGCGACAAGACGAACAAUUGGGCAACUAUUACAACAAGCAUGGACUGAGAUCCCUGAGAUUGUGGCUACUACUGGCAUGGGUCUUAUUGGCAUUGCAUUGGGCGGCAUUGCCGUUCGUAAUUAUUACAAAAGUGAUGGGGAUAACCGAAGAUAUAAAAAAGUCUACGUUGUUAUGAGACCCGACGAUCCGAGAGUCGCUAAAAUCCGUAAGGACUAAGAAAUAAACAAAAUAAUUAAGUUCUGUGAAUAUCUAGUUGCAAUUAUGUAAUAAUAAAUCAGUUUUGUCAUUUA